UCAACAACUUAAGUGCAUUGUGGCCUAAAUUUUUUAUUUUUUCGCCAAAACCAAACGCGGCAAACUUUUUUUUCCUAAAAUCCUUAGCGCUCUUUUCUAGUUUUUAUUCUACCGAGGUUUUCUUUUUCUAUUGUUGAAACUGAAUCCUAAAAUCCUUUGCGCUCUUUUCCAGUUUUUAUUCUACCCAAAUUUUCUUUUUUCUAUUGUUGAAACUGAAUCUUUCUCUGUUGGGUUUUGUUGCUGCUCAAAGAAAAAAAGUUGUAAGCACUCUCUCGUUCGCUCUUCAGGUUCAAUGUUUCAAUUUGGUUUGAUUUUAGUUUCCAGCAGCUUGUAACCCAAGGUUUUGUUGCUGCUGGGUUUUGGGGAUUUUGAUUUUCCUAUUAGAUUUUAUCUACUUGUUUUCUCAUCUUUGCAUCUCUUGAAAAAGAAUCUAAUCUUUUUCAAGAAAGAGUACAUUUAUAGCAGAGUAUGUGAAGGUUGUUUCUCUCUGUUUAAACCUUUGCUUCAGAUCUCUCUCACUUGUCUAGUGAGGACUGAUGACCCUCACUUCAAAUUUCUCACUUGGUAAUCAGCUAAAGUUUUUAUCUUUUUCUUUUUCCAUUUUUGUGCUUUACUGCAAAGUGUUUUGGUCUCUGUGUAGUACUGAUCCAAAGUUUACUGUUCAGUUUCUUGUUGUUUGAGCUUUCAUCUUUUUUGUAUACCCAUUUGUGUUAUUAAAUAUGUGGAUUAAUAGGUAUGAUUUUAUUUGAGAAGGUUUUUGUUUCAGUUUCAUUAGUUGUGUAUUUGUGAAUUCUUGUUUCAAAGAGUUCAGUUCAUUUUGUUAAUCUGUUAAUUACUAGAUGCAAGUUUUUGUCUUAUCUUCUAAGUUGUUAGAUAUUCCCUUUUUCGGACUUCUUUUUAGUUUUCAAAGAGUAGUCAAAAUUAUGCUGAUGUAGUAUUUAGGAUUUAAUAAAUACAUAUUUAGGUCCUUUAUGGAUGUUCUAAUGAAUUUGCUACUAUUUCUGGUACUUCAUGAGAAGUUUGCUCAUUUAUCCAUGUUUUAAAUUACAUGUUUAACUCCCGAUUUCAUGAGAAGUUCAUCAAUUAGUUGUUGCUUUUUUUAAGUUUUGGAUCUGUUCGGUUCCUAAAAUGUCUGGUGUAUGUCGAUUUUCUGUCCAAGUUUUGGUUCUUCGAAUAUUUUAUUCUUGUAUGUAAAUAUUCAUUGAAUCCAAAGUAACACUUGAAAGUAUUAUGCUACUCUUAUAAUGCAAUAAGGUCCGGGAAAAGGCCACACCCUCAAAGGGUGUGUCAUGAAAUUCUUCUCGAUAUCUUUAUCUCUCUAUGUCCUCCUAGUUUUGUGUCAACUUACUCCAUAGUUGUAAUCACUGGGUAAAUAGAAAAGGUAAAACAUUACAUUAGAUAGUUCGCAUUACUUAAGACUUCAGCUCAAUGAAGAUAAUGCUAUUUUUUUAUACUUCAUUGUAGGUAAGUAUAUGAUGGAUAAGAAUUGGAUACUUAUUAAGAAUAGGAGAUUACCAGAAUACUUGACCGGUAUGGAACAAUUUUUAAACUAUGCAUUUUCCAAUCCUGAGGUUGGUGUAACAAUCCAGUGUCCGUGCAUUAAAUGUAACAAUGUGCUUUGGAAAACAAGAGAAGAAGUGGAGUUAGAUUUACUUAAAUGGGGAAUAGAUCCAACAUAUGAUAGGUGGAUUUUUCAUGGUGAGUCAGAUUCAUCUUCGGAUGAUGAAAUAAAUUCUGGUGCAGAUUCAGAUUUAGGCAAUGACGAUGCUUCCACUUUUGAAAUGUUACAUGACAUGUAUCGUGGUUUUCCUUCUAAUAAUUAUGAGUUUGAUGAGACCAAUGAGUCUAGAAACGAAGAGCCUAACACAGAAGCAAAGAGUAUUUAUAGUUUAUUAAAGGACGCAAAGAAAAAGUUAUAUCCAGAUUGUCAAAAGUUCUCGAAACUCUCUUUUGUAAUGCGCCUUUUUCAAAUGAAGUGUCUACUCGGCUGGAGUAAUACUUCGUUUGACUCAUUGUUGAAAUUAUUGGGUGACGCUUUUCUGAAAGAAAAUGUGCUCCCUAAUUCUAUUUAUGAAGUUCAAAAGAUCAUUAAAGAUUUGGGUUUAGAUUAUGUGAAGAUAGAUGCAUGUGUUAAUAAUUGCAUCUUAUAUAGAAAGGAAUAUGCAGAUCUUCAGCAAUGCCCUAAAUGUGGUGAGAAACGAUGGAUAGUAAGGAAAGAAAAAGAUACUGAUGAUGAGGUUGCUUCAAGAAAUUUGACUAAGAAAAAUAAAGGAAUUUCUAGAAAGAUUCUUCGAUACUUUCCUUUGAUACCACGAUUACAACGGUUGUAUAUGACAAAACAAACGGCCGAAGAUAUGAGGUGGCAUAAAAAUAAGCGAGUUGAGGAUGGAGUACUAAGGCAUCCAGCUAACUCAUUAGUGUGGAAAACUUUUGAUGAAGAACAUCCGACAUUUGCUUUAGAUCCACGUAGUGUAAGGCUUGGACUUGCUUCAGAUGGUUUUAAUCUGCUUGGUUCUAUGAGUAAUGCUUAUAGCAUGUGGCCAGUAGUCUUGAUUCCAUAUAAUCUUCCCCCGUGGCUAUGCAUGAAACAAUCUAAUAUUUUGUUGUCCUUGCUUAUUCCUGGCCCAAAAGGCCCUGGUAUAAAUAUUGACGUGUUCCUGCAACCUCUGGUUGAUGAUUUGAAAACCUUAUGGGAGGGUGGAAUCGAUACUUAUGAUGCUUUUAGGAAACAAAAUUUUAAAUUGCGUGCUUCUUUGUUGUGGACAAUUAAUGACUUUCCAGCUUAUGGUAUUUUGUCUAGUUGGAGCACUAAAGGUAAAUUAGCUUGUCCUGUUUGUCAUGUACAUACUUGUUCCAUUUACUUAAAACAUGGUCGAAAGCUUUGCUAUAUGGGUCAUCGUAGGUUCUUGGAGAAAAAUCAUUCUUAUCAUCGGAAUAAAAGUUCUUUUGAUAACACAAGGGAAGAAAGACUUGCACCAGAAGCUUUGAGUGGAGAUGAUGUGCUUGCACAACUAAAUACAUCCUCAGAAGGGUCAAUCGACUGCAAUGCAAGAAAAAGAAAAUGAGAUGUUGGAAGAUCUGACAAUUGGAAGAAGAAAAGUAUAUUCUUUGAACUUCCAUAUUGGAGGACUGUAUUAUUGAGACAUAAUUUGGACGUAAUGCAUAUUGAAAAAAAUAUUAGUGAAAGUGUGAUUGGAACACUGUUAGAUAUUGAAGGAAAAACAAAGGACACAUUGAAAUCUCGAUUGGACAUACAAGAGAUGAGAAUAAAAAAGCCACUCCAUCCAAUAAAAAGUGGGGAUAAGUAUAUACUUCCUCUGGCAAGUUAUACAAUGUCUAAAACUGAGAAGCUUCAGUUUUGUCAGCUUAUCAAAGAAGCCAAGUUUCCUGAUGCUUAUGCUUCUAACAUUAGUCGUUGUGUCAAGGAAGCUAGAAUUUUUGGACUUAAAAGUCAUGACCACCAUGUUCUUUUUCAGCAUAUUUUUCCACUUAUCAUCAAAGGGAUGCUUAUGAUCCAUUAAUUGAAUUGUCAUUGUUAUUGUUAUUUAGUGAUUUGUGUGCUAAAGAGUUGCAUGUAGAAAAGUUAGAUCAACUAGAUAAAAGUAUACGAUGACAAUCUGUAAGUUAGAACGUGUGUUCCUGCCGACCUUUUUUGAUGUUAUGAUUCACUUGGCAAUUCAUUUGGCAAACGAGGCGAAGUUGGCUGGUCCCGUUCAAUAUCGAUGGAUGUAUUACAUCGAAAGAUAUUUGCGCACAUUAAAAAAUUAUGUACGCAACAAAUCUCGUCCAGAAGGAUCAAUUGCUGAAGGCUAUCUUGUAGAGGAGUGCAUGACAUUCUGUUCUAAAUAUUUAACAGAUAUAGAGACCAAGGAAAAUCGCCCGGACAGAAACUUUAAUUCUUCCAAUAUAGAUCCCAACGGGUUAUCCAUAUUCAAUUGUCCUUGUAAGCCAUUACCAGGGGAUUCCUGGGAAGAAUUGAGUGCUCUUGAAAUAAAACAAGCUCAUUUUUACAUCCUCCAAAAUUGUGAGGAAGUCCGUCCUUGGACUGAGGAACAUCUAGAAAUAUUAACAAAGGAGAACAAUAGAAAUGUUUCCAAGAGGCACAAGGAGGAAUUUCCUUUGUGGUUUGAAGAAAAGGUGGUACAGUUAAAAGAGAAUGGUGAUGGACGAAUUACUGAUGAAUUACUAGCUUUGGCAAGAGGUCCGGAUCCUCGUGUUUAUUGUCAUAAUGGUUAUACCUUGAAUGGCUUUAGGUUUCGAACAAUGGAAUAUGAAUUAUGUUUAAAAACACAAAAUAGUGGUGUGGUUGUAAAGAGUGAUGAGCAUACGGAAAAUGCUGAUUAUUUUGGAAAGAUCAGAAAGAUUUUAAAGAUACCUUACAUAAGCAAUAAUUCUAUCAUAUUAUUUCAAUGUGACUGGUUUGAGGUUCCGUCUCAAGGUCGAAGUCAAACUAGAGGUUACAAAAGGGACGAAUAUGGAUUCAUAUGUGUAGAUGUGACACGGAUCCAUUACACAAAUGAUCCAUUCAUUUUAGGCUCGCAAGCUCAAUAUUUGUAUUAUCUUAAACAUGGUCAAAAGAGAAAUGGCAUGCAGUGGUAAGGGUCAGACCACGAAAUCUGUACGAUGUACCUGAACAAGAAAAUGAAACAGAGCCUUAUCAACUAUUUGACUUGGUUGAAAGGGGAGAAGCAAGUCUUCAAGUAGAGUUGGACGAUGAUGUCGUUACAAUACAAAGAGAAGACAUUGACGGAGUGAGUGUUGAAGCACCUUCUCUCAAUAACGAGGAGGAAAUAGACCUAGAAGCUAUAGAUGAAUCUGAUCAUGAUAAUGGAGAUGACUUCAGUGAUUCUGCAACAGAUGAAGAAUAUAUUUUUGAAGAUGAACAUGAUGCAAAUGAGGAUGAUGAUUGGUUGUGAUUUUCAGCUACUACAAGACAACUUUGGUUAUUACAAUCACUUUCUUUAUAGGAUUUCGGUUCUUCCAUCAUCUAGUCGCUCAAUUAAUUUAACCUGUCAACCAAGCCUAUCAUGAUGACAAAUGUGCUUAUUUCUGAUAGUACUGGACCUACUGAUGUAAUUUCACAUCCACAAUCAAGAAAAAAGAAAAAGGGAAGGGGGAAGACAACAGGGCAUUCAAUCCAAAAGAAACGCAAAUACAGUGACAAUGGCAAGUUGGAGGUGAUUAUCCCACCGGAUCGAACAAUAGCAGUAGGUCCUGGAGCUAAUGAUUUUGUUACCGAAAUUUCGGUCAAUGUUUUUCAGCAUGUUAGGCAUGAUGUCAAGAAUUGGAAGAACGUUUCUAAUCUAGCAAAAGAUAGGACCAUUGCGCAUAUGCUGGACACCUUUGAACUUCCAGACAACCGACACAUUCGGGAUACUAUCCUUGAAAGAGCUAAUCAUUUGUAUCAAUAUCGUCGUAAAAGGCUCCAUGAUCAUUUCAAGAAAUUUGCUACACAGGAGGAAAGAUUACAGAACAAGCCAAAAGAGGUUAAUGAAGUUGAAUGGAAAUUCUUGGUAGAAUAUUUCAACUCCGACGAUUUUAAGAGAAUGAGUGAAAGAAAUAAAACUAAUAAGGAAAACAAGGAUUAAAUCAUAUUUGCGGCAAAAAAUCCUUCCAGGCAAUAUCUUUUGAAAAGAGAGAUAUAAAUACUGGAAAAGAGCCAAACCUUCAGAAACUUUGGGAAUUGACUCACACGAAGAACAGGCGUUGGGUUAAUGAUGCAUCGGCUGAACUGAAUGAUAAGUUGAAAGAAAUUGUUGCUGAACAAAUUCAAGAUGUUGAAGAGGAUACUGAUGUAGAUCCUAUUAUUAAUGCUGCAUUUGUGAGAAUUAUGGGAGAAACGUCAGGGUAUUGUCGUGGUCAAGAAUCGGGAAUUAAGCGAAUGGGUAGGAGAUAUAUGAAUGGAGUUCUAGAGCAAUUACAAGCACAACAAAAAGAGAUAGAAGAAGAACGUCGUAAACGAGAGAGUGUAGAAUGCAAGCUAACUGAAGUAAAAAAUCAGCUAGAAGAGGAGUGAAAAAAUCGAGAAGUCAUGGAAGCUCGUCUGGUACGUGACCAGAAAAUGUUAAAAGGAGGAAUCAUGGCACUAGUAUCUCAUCUUCAAAGUUCCAAGAAUGGACUUCCGUCUGCAAUUCUCAACAUUAUUAUUGAUUCAAGUGAUUCAGAUGUUGCAAGUCCUACAAGUUUUAUGGAUGACAUCAGUGGUGAACGUGCUUAAACCAGCACUGAUAGCAAUAUGAUUCAUGUCAUGCACAAGCUAUCGGAGGAAUAUUUACUUUUGAAUUAGAACUUAAUGACCCUGUUUAUAUGAUGUUUUGGUUCUUUUUGUAAUUAGUUAAACAUACUUUUUCGAAUAUUCAGUUGUUUACUCUAGUGCAUUAGUUCUAUGUAUUGACCUUGCAAA